UGUACAGCUGAUGAAGUAAACAAAAGUCCGCCCCUAGGCUGAUCUUUUAAAGAACGGCAGUGAACAAGAACACAACAGCAGACAUUGGCAGUUGGCAGACAUGCAGACAACAGCAAACAUUUUAAAUUAUAAACAGCAGAUAAACAACUGUAAACAGUAAACAGUUUCAUUCUAUGGUACAGAGGUUUCAUUCAGCAGUUUCACUGGUUUCAGAUUCUAUGAGCUGCUAUAUGAGUUAUGAGUUUGAGUUAUUUCAGUUUCAGAGCACUAUAUUUUUUGAUUUGAGUUAUAAAAAUUGUUUUCAUAUUUUCUGUUUGGCUUAUGAAAGCAGAUGAAAGAUAGUUUGUAUGCUAUAUUCUCAAUGAGUAGUCUUCCAGUAUGGCUUCAAGAUAAAUGGAACAAAGUAUAUAGGCCUCGUCAGAUCAGAUCAGCUCUACAGCAAAAAGGAGACAAAAAGUUAUUCUAGAGACAAAAUAAAAAAACUCUGACGUUAAUUAAAAAUUCCGUAUGAUCGAAAAAAAAAAACGGCGUUGAGGAGACAAGACAAAGUUUAAAAAGGCAGCGAUUUUUAUUUCCAACCAAGUUUCACAGUUUUUUUUUUCGAUGAUAUGGUGUUUUAGUUAAUAAAUUUGGUAAAAUUUAAUUCCAGUUAAAAAGUAGUGAUUGCCCUAUAAAUUGUAUAUGUACAUCCUUACAAGAAAAUGGCGAAAAAUGAUCAAAUUAAUAAGUCUAAGACAUCAGCAAUAGAUAUGGAAGGAUUUAUCCUUACACCGCUAAACAAAAAGAGUUUAAGGAACCGGUUGAAGCCUGAUAUAGAAGAUAUCUCCGAAAGCGAUGAAGAAGAGUCAAAUGAUAUAACAGGUAGUCAACUAUCUCUCAAGAAUCCUUCAAACAUGACUGCACAUGAAUCAUGUGUUUCAAUGAGAUCUUUGGAUUUGUGUAAUACUUUUAGCAUUGCAAACAAUGGUUUUAAGUUAAAAGAAGGUGAACCAGAAAACAGUCUUGAUGUGUCUAUAUUAUAUGACAACAAAGGAACUAUCUGCGAUUCUAUUGAAUCGUUGAAUGUUUCAACAUCUAAAUUGAAGAAUGAUAGUUUUGAUUUGGAUUUUUCUGCUUUAUCACUACAUACACCACUUAAAAGAAAAGAGAUUAAUUUUAACUUUGUUACACCACAAAUUAAUAUUAUACCAGCUACUGAAACCAAAUAUAUCAAUAAAUCCAGUCAAUGUACAAUAACUCCUAAAGUUAAUGUAUGCAAGAAUUCAAGAAAUAAGACAUUAUUUAAAACACCCAUUGGCAAGUCUUUAAAUGUUCAGCAUUCCACAAGAAAAUUUCCUGGAACUCCACUUCAAAUAGUUAAAUGUUCAAGUAGUAAGAAAUCAAUGUUAGCAGGCAUAUAUGAAAAUCAAAAUAAGUUUAUUCCAGCACAUAUUUAUGGGAAUGAAAACUAUAAUAAAAUUAUAGUAAAUAAUACAGAGUACCUUAUUAUGAGCUUAUUAGGAAAAGGUGGAAGUUCAGAAGUAUAUUAUGGUUUUGAACCAUGUGAAAAACUUCAUGUAGCCAUUAAGGUUGUAAAUUUAUCAAAUCCAACAACCGCCAGUGGAUAUAUAAAUGAAGUUAAAGUGUUAAGUGAUCUACAAAUUUGUGAUAGAAUUAUUAAAAUGCAUGAUUAUGAAAUACAAAAUGAUAAGUUAGUUGUUGUUAUGGAGAAAGGGGACAAGGAUCUAAGUACUAUUUUAAAAGAAUUAGCUGGUGGACAAUCUUGUUUGUCUGGCCAUUUACUUACAUUUUUUUGGAUGGACAUGCUAUAUGCUGUUAAACAAAUUCAUAUGAAAGGUAUAAUUCACUCAGAUUUGAAACCAGCUAAUUUUAUAUUUGUUGGAAGAGGCUUAAAAUUAAUAGAUUUUGGUAUUGCAUCAAAAGUUCAAGAAGAUAUGACCUCUGUUUAUAAGUCAAACCAAGAGGGAUCUUGCAAUUAUAUUAGUCCUGAAGCUUUAAAUGUCCAAAACAAUGAGAAUAUCAAUAGUCCCAAUUAUGGAAAGCAAAAAUAUCAAGUUCAUUUGAAAUCUGAUGUGUGGUCGUUGGGAUGUAUAUUAUAUCAACUGGUCUACUGUAGAACUCCAUUUCAGCAUUUGAAUCAAUUGUGGUCUAAAUUGGCAGCUAUUAUUGAUCCAAAAUUCAAGAUAAACUAUCCUCCUGCUCCUCAAGUGUCUCAGCGAUAUUUAAAUACAAUGAAGAGAUGCUUACAGCAUGACAUAAAGUCAAGACCUUCCAUUGAUGAACUUAUAAAUGAAUAUGAACAAGCUUUACAGAAUUUAUAAUAUCUACAUUCUUUUCUUGAUUUUUUAACAGUACAUACCUAUUUAUAUUUUAAUAAUAAUAAUUUUAUAA